AUGGCCUCCAAUUUCUCCGAAGAUAAUAUCAAGGAGCUCAAAUAUCGCCUCGAAGCCGCAGCUGUCCAAUGCUCUGAGCGCUGUCUUUAUCAGUCCGCAAAAUGGGCGGCCGAAAUCCUUGACUCCAUCAUCCCAAUAGACAACUAUGACACCGAUCCAGACUCGCCGAUGGACAUUACCGAACCGCGACCGCAGAAUCCCUACCUACGAACCCAGGAUCCGGUAGAAGCUGCGCUUGAAGCUCAAGAAUACCAUAAAUACCUCCUAGCAAAAUCAUAUUUCGAUACUCGCGAAUACGACCGAUGCGCCUCAGUGUUCCUCCCCCCGACAAUAUCGCCCGUCUCAUUAUCAACAUCGUCGCCGCAAUCAAAACUCAAAUCAUCACUAAGGAACCGUAAAUCACAGGGCUCUCCACACGCUGGAUUGAAGGACAACGAUUUGAAGAGGAGUCCAUAUCCAAAGCUCAGUCAGAAAUCGUUGUUCCUCGCAUUAUAUGCCAAAUAUCUCGCUGGGGAAAAGCGAAAGAAUGAGGAAACGGAGAUGGUUCUAGGUCCGGCGGACGGCGGUGCAACUGUCAACCGAGAGCUUCCAGAUCUUGCCCGUGGCUUAGAAGGCUGGUUUGCGGAGCGUCAGGAGAAGGGUGUUGAAGAUCAAAACCACGGAUGGCUUGAGUACCUGUACGGAGUCAUUCUCAUCAAAGGGCGAAACGAGGAGGAAGCGAGAAAGUGGCUAAUCAGGAGUGUCCAUCUGAAUCCUUUCCACUGGGGUGCGUGGCAGGAGUUGAACGAUCUGCUUGCAAGUACAGAAGAUUUGAAGCAAGUUGUUGAACACCUACCGCAAAACAUCAUGACUCUCAUCUUCCACGUCCAUUGCAGCCAGGAGCUGUAUCAAGCUACGGAGGAUACUUAUCAAACCCUAUCCGAGCUCGAGAACAUAUUUCCUACCAGCGCCUUCCUCAAGACGCAGAGAGCUCUACUCUACUACCACUCAAAAGAUUUUGAAGAAGCAUCUCACAUCUUCACGGACAUCCUAAUCACUUCUCCCCACCGCCUCGACAGUCUUGACCAUUACUCCAACAUACUCUACGUGAUGGGGGCCCGGCCGCAACUAGCCUUCGUUGCCCAAGUCGCGACAGCCACAGAUAAAUUCCGCCCUGAAACAUGCUGCGUUGUCGGGAACUACUAUUCCCUCAAAUCCGAACACGAAAAGGCAGUUAUGUAUUUCCGACGCGCUUUGACCCUAGACCGCAAUUUCCUCUCCGCCUGGACGCUCAUGGGCCACGAAUACAUUGAGAUGAAGAACACCCACGCCGCAAUUGAAUCCUAUCGCCGUGCCGUCGAUGUCAACCGCAAGGACUACCGCGCCUGGUACGGUCUCGGUCAGGCCUACGAAGUCUUAGACAUGUCCUUUUAUGCCCUCUUCUACUACCAGCGCGCCGCGGCGCUUCGCCCCUACGACCCCAAGAUGUGGCAAGCUGUAGGAUCCUGCUAUGCAAAGAUGGGCCGCAUCGAGCAGAGCAUCAAGGCUCUCAAGCGUGCCCUCGUCGCAGGCUCAUACUACGCCGAAGAUCCCUCGCAACACGGCGGGCGCAAAAUUCUCGACCCGGAAACACUCUAUCAGAUCGCUACUCUCUAUGAACGUCUCGAGGACGAAGAAGAAGCAGCCGCUUAUAUGGAACUCACAUUGCAGCAAGAAACAGGUGGACAGCCAGAUGAAGUAUCCGACGUAUCUGAUAGCGAGAUCGAAGACGACCAGUCAAAUACAGCUUCAACUUCUGGAGCCAAUCAGCGGCGCGCAAGGAGGAGCCCCAACGAUGACGAAGAGGAGGCAUACCACGGCACAGGACCAACGGCUACAACUUCAAAAGCGCGGCUAUGGCUUGCCCGAUGGUCUUUAAGGCAUGGAGACUUGGAACGUGCGGAUCAGCUGGCAGGGGAAUUGUGCCAGGAUGGUGUGGAGGUUGAAGAGGCCAAGGCGUUAAUGAGGGAUGUCCGGGCGAGAAGGGAAGCGGGUGCAUGA